AUGGUCUACCUGCCCAAAACCCGACACCUCAACGGCGUGCGCCUCCUCGCCCUCGACGGCGGCGGCGUCCGCGGCGUCGCCUCCCUCAUCAUCCUCAAGGAGAUCAUGGCCCGCGUCCAGGCGCGCAAGGGGCUCAAGGACGAGUGCCGCCCGGCCGACUUCUUCGAGCUGGCGGCGGGCACCAGCACCGGCGGCAUCAUCGGCAUCAUGCUGUUCCGGCUGCGCAUGACGGCGUCCGAGGCCAUCAGCGAGUACGACGAGAUUGCCAAGGAGGUCUUUAGCCCGCGGCUCUGGGGGUGGAACAUCACCAGCUGGAUGCCCAACGGCUUGGCUUCCAUGAUCAACAACAGCAAGACGCUGGUGCAGAGCAGCAGGUUCGACGACAAGUCGUUGAAGAAGGCGAUUGAUCGGGUGGUGGGCAAGUAUGGGCUUGACGAGGAGGACCGGAGGCUCAAGGGCGAGGCGCCGCUGCUGCAUCCCAACGCAGGCAGGAUGUUUGUCUGCACGACGGCGCAGAACAGGGCCGAAACGGUGCUGCUGAGGACGUACAAGAACAACACCAUCCACGUCAAGUCAAAGGUCAACGACGCCAUGCGCGAGCACUCGGACAAGAUCACCAUCAGCCUGGCCACACGCGCCACCUCUGCCGCGCCCACCUUUUUCCCCGAGGUGAAGUGGCCCGAGAACAACAACAACAACAACAACAACAACAACAGCCCACAGCAGCUGACCUUUUGGGACGGCGGCCUGCUCAACAACAACCCAAUCGACCAGCUGUGGUACGCCCGCUACGAGCUCGUCGAGCCCGCAGAGCCCGCGCCGCCCGUGUCGUGCGUCGUCAGCCUCGGCACGGGCUACACGCGGCCCGACGCGUCGCCGUCCGAGUCGUGGUUCCAGCUCGUCGGCGUCGCGGCGUCCGUCAUGGGCUUUGCGACAAACACCAACGCCAAGGGCAAGGACUUUUCGCGGCACAUGACGGCGCUGAACAACAGGCCCGAGCACGCAAAGACGAGGUACGUCCGGCUGAAUCCGGCGCUGGGCAAGAGCGAGAUUGGGCUGGCGGAUUAUACCAAGAUGGAGGAGCUGAAGACGCUCGCGAGGGAGUAUCUCGAGGAUGAGAAGAACCAGCUUUGGAUCGAUAAGGCGGUGGCUGCUAUUUGUGAUGAGUGA